AUGGGGUUUUUGGAGGCAAUCCCAACACCUCAGGGAACGAAGAAGGGAAGGCGCAAUGAUAUCCUUGGUGUUAUCCUUGGCGAACUUCUUAACGUCCUCAAUAGUGAGUUUAGGCUUGAACAAGAACUUCUCGUCGUCCGUGAGUUCAAUAACGAGCGGAACGUCAAAAACGUCCUGCAACCACUUGGUGAACGUGAACGGGAUCAUGUGACCCAGGUGCAUCGAGUCGGAAGAAGGACCACGGCCGGUGUACAAGAAAAACGGUUCGCCGUGCUCGUACAGGUCCAGGAUUCUGUUAAAGUCUCUUUCAGAAAAGAACAAGCCUUUCUUGAGGAAAUGGUGUGGCUGGUGGCCGGUCACCUGUGUGAAUCUCUCCAGAGUCUCCUGGGUAAUUCUUUUGGUACCAAAUUGGGAGAUCAGUUUCUCGUAAUCGAUGCCGACGGCCUGGCCGUCCACAACGGCUCCCUCGACCUCCCAUGGAGUGAUCUUCUGUUCGGUCUGUUCGGUCGAUCCGAUCGCCAGUUUUUCAGUGCUAUCGAUAAGCUCGCUCAUGUCGAUUUUUUCCUAAUUUUCUACAACAGAAAAUAA